AUGUCAAACUAUGACGACAAUUGGAAUAUUAACAUUACUAUUCAAGCUGUUGUCGAUUCAAUAGUUCAUUAUUUACGAGAAUCUACGUUAUCAUCAUCAGUAGUUAAUUCAACGACAACAAAUUUUGAUUUCAAUAAUAAUAAAUUCAAAUCAUCAAAAGAAAAAAAUUUAACAAAUCCGAUGAAUAUUAAACCUACCCCUGCUGUUACUUUACAACCACAGUUACCAGGAGAUAUACAAAUCUUACCAAAAGGUCGUGUAAGAUAUGGACCAGUAACAGUUAAUCCACGUAAACAACCAUCAAAAACAUUAUAUACUGGUCGUCGUUCAAAAUAUGAAGUUUUAUCAGGUGAUGAAGAAGAAAAACGUCGUGAUCGUCGUGAACGUAAUCGUGUAGCAGCAACCAAAUGUCGUGAAAAACGUGAAAAUGUUUUAAAUCGUCUUGAAAAGGAACAUACAAAAGAAUUACAUAUUCAAGAACGUCUUUCUAAAAUGGUUGAAGCUUUAGAACAAAAAAAAAAUGAUCUUGAAACAUUUAUAACAAAUCAUUUCAAUGAAUGUUCAUUAAUAAAUAAUUUACCAUCAUCAACACAAUCAUCAAUGAUCUUUGGUGACACAGCAUUUCUCUCAUCAAUUAUUGAUACUCCACCACCACCACCACUGCCAUCUAUUCAAGAACCAAUUCUUCAUCAUGAUGACGAAGAAUUGAGUCAUAUUCUUGAUCCCGAACCAAUAUUAACAAAUUCUGCUUAUAAUACUGAUGAUUCAAAUUCAUUAUUAAUUCCACAACAAGAAUUACAGACAAUAACAAUGACAAGUGGUAGUCUUGAACAACUUAUAAAUAAUUUACAAUCACCAACAAUAUCAAUGGAAAAUAGUAAUAAUCAUUCAAUAUUAUUUAAUUCAGCUAGUGGUUCAUCAUGUGCUAAACAACAUUCAAAUUCAAGUGAAGAUGAUUCAUUACCACCAACGCGUACAAAUCCUUGUGUUUAUUAA